AGCCAAACCAUGGAUACAGAGGAGUUCAGCUUCCCAAGAAUCACUGAUACUUGUGCACACAACAUUGAUUCUCCACCUCUUUGGAAUCUGUCACCAGCAGCCUCUCCUAAUCCCUACCAAGAAAAGAAAGGAGAAGAAAGUGAGUGCAUGGGUGCAAAACUAGCAGCUGAGGCCCGGAGAAAGAGCUUUUCAUAUGUUGAAAAUUGUAGGAAAAGAAUUGGACUAUGCAAUGAUUAUGAGGAGGAGUUGGACAGAAUGGACUUGUUGUGGGAGGAUUUCAAUGAGGAGUUGUCUACAACAACAGGAUCUGCUACCUCUUCUUCAAGGGAAGUGGUUGAAUUUAGAUGUGCUCCCCCAUUAACUGUUGCCAAGACCAAUAAUAGUGCAUUAAUUCCUACCAAGAACAAGCCUGGUAUGGUGGUCAUUGUCAAGGUCAUGAAGAAGCUCUUCUCCAUCAACAAUUCCCAAGGGAAAUCUAGAAAAAGAGGGAGGUAA